CUCUCUUUUCUUUUAUGGUGGAGAGUGGGAUUUAUAUGUCUACGUCACUGAACUGAUGGUGGUGCUGCUGGCCAAGCCACGACCACUGGAGAGCCGGGGGCGCGCGUGCAGCAUCAGCACCAGCAGCAGCAUCAGUACCAGCAGCAUCAGGAGCUUCGAGCCUUUUCUCUGUGAUUUUCUUGCUGCUGCUGCUGCUGCUCGUGCAGGAGGCUGGAAUAAAAAAAGAAGAAGAGGAGGAGGAAGUGGAAGAGAAGGAGCAGGAAGAAGAGAGGCACAAGCCAUUCCCACUGAAAGCAGCGUAAUUACGCUCCGAUCCUCAGGCUCGCGGCUGCGCGCGCACUGAUCCUGACGUGCGCUGUGCUUUCGCGCUCUGCAAGGUUUUCUGUUUCAGAGCUGCGAACUGGCAGAUUGUCUCCCAGUCUGUUCCUCUGUUCUCUACUUUAUCCCGGCUCUGAUUCACUCACGUGCGACAUUUUUUUUUGCGCGAAGUUUUUGGGAAACGACGCACGCACGCACGCACGCGCGUUUUUUGUGUGUGUGUGUGUAUGUGUUUUUUUUUUUUUUGUCUGAAGCGUAAAAGUGGCGAUCUCUUUUUUUUUCCUAAGGAGCAUCAAAAGCAACUGGAUAUAAAGGCUCGAGCGCUGGUUCAGAGCAUGCACCAUGCCCACAAUUCCUUAUAUGUUGGUUUGUUUCCAUGCGUAAACGCGUAAACAGACGUCCGGUGGGUCGCCCCUCAUGUUGAAGUCAUUCCUGGACACGGAAGCGAUCUGCUCUGCUCGUGCUGAAGGCUCGUGCUCCUGUUACAGUUCACCCGGGUAAAGAGAAGCUCAGGAACGGAAGCUCUUCUGACUCUGCUGCUCCUCUGAUCUUCAGCCCGCCAGCGCGCUCGAGCCGCACGUCCAUGUGAUCUGAUACCAUUCAAACGGUUCGGGAAGGGUGUUGAUGGAGAGCUUUUCGAAUGACAGCCGGGACAGUGGUAAUCACAGGCGGGAUUCUAGCUACAGUAAUCUUACUGUGCAUCAUCGCUGUGCUGUGCUACUGUAGGCUGCAGUACUAUUGCUGUAAAAAGGAGGAGUCAGAGUCGGAGGAGGAGGAGCCCGACUUUGCCGUCACGUCCCGCCUACCGCCGGUGCACUCCAAUCACAACAUCCUGGCGGCCACCGUCCCCGUGACGACCACCCCCAAUGGUCCCGCCAUGUUCACUCCGCCCCCGGCCCGCAAGCUGACCCGCUCUCAGACGUUCUGCCCGUCCUGCACGCACUACGACACGCCCUUUUACCUCCAGCAGCCGGACGGCCUGCGGAAUGGCGGCGAGCGAAUCAGCUACAGAAACAUCCAGCAGCAUGACCUGGAGCUGAACUCCCCGCUGCCCACCCCGCUGCCCACUCCGCUGCCCAACUACCACAAGCUCAACCUCAACCGCUCCAUCACCAUGAGGGAGAUGUUUACCCGCAGCUGCAGCAUCAGCACCGACGUCUAGCGGUGCCCUCUGCAGGCCUGGAGGAGGGAGAUGGCAUGGACGCCUGCCAUGAUCUGCCAUGAAACUCUGGACACGAACUGUACGGAAAAUUCAUCUGGAAAGGAGUGGCCUAUGGGUGCUUAACAGAGCGCAGCAGCAUUAUGUAACAGGAAAUGAAGGAUUUCUGACAUUUUUAAGAGCCAGACUGCUUUCCUAGAGGCAAAAUAGGGGAUUCUGAAGAUGCGAACACUCUAUAAAAACUGUCUUUACUGACCUAUUUCUCAGUCUCUCGUUCUCAGACUGGCCUGCAGGUCGGUGGUGGAGAAAACAAACCAACAGCAGAUUCUCUGCUCAAAAAUAACACGUUAACAUUAGGCAGCAUCUUAGAAAAAAAGGGCUUUGGAGAGUCUGUUUCGCCAAACAGUUCUUUUAUUUAUUUUAAAAAGGAAGACCACCAGACAGACAGAGCCAAACCAAACGUUUGACACACUUGAUUUUGUAUAUAUAUAAUCCUUAAAAAAAAAAAACCUUAUACCUUUUAUAUUGUCAGUGUGUGGCUUAAGUGAACUGUAUUUACAAUGAAAUGAUAAAAAAUAACACCAAACAUCAAUUCAGCUUAAGUACAGCUGUACCUGAAAGCUCCACGAGGGCUGCAAUAAAACUCUUUAGAAAUAUUGUGUAAAUGGAGGAAAUGAAAUAUUAGAACUAAGUAUAUUUAAACUAUUUAGAAGCAAACCUAUGAAAAAGUUAUUUAUUUUAGUGCUUAAUAAUUUAUCAUUGUCAUAAAGCCCCACUCAGUGAAUUACUGGAUCCAGGUAGAUGUAUUUUUUGUUUAUUAUUUUAUUUUACAUCUCAGCAGGCAAGGGUGUUGGACUCGAAUGUCAUUCAGGUAUUAAUUUUUAGCUGAAAAUGAAAUUUAGACUGAUGUCAGACAUAUGUUGAAUUCCAUCAGAUUUCACAUAUUCAUCAAUUCACACUAUGUAGGAUUAAUAUCAAGCUUCAAUGUUAGACAGAUGUUUCAUUUUGAUUGGAAAUCAAAGACAAGACACAACAAGCCAACCAAAUCCCCCUGUUAAAAUGAAUUAAAAAUCAAAGUUGGGUUGACAUUAAUCUCCAGCAUUAAACUUAUUGAAGUUUUGUUGAAAAUGAAAGUCACAUACCCAUCAAAAAACAACUUUAAAUUGACAUCAAGCUCCAAAGUUUAUCAGACGUUGGAUAUGCUCAUUGUUGGAAAUCAAAAUUAUAUAUCGGUCAAAAUAAACAUUAGGUUCACAUAAAACUGCAACAUUAGACAAAUGUUAAAUUUUGGUUGAAAAUCAAGUCAAAUCUGUCAAAAUCAAACAUUAUUUUGACAUAAAACUGUUAUUUAAGACAAAUGAUUACUUUCAGUUGAAAAUCAAAGGUGAAUAUUCACCUAAAAACAAUUGGUUGACAUCAUUAGAAAGAUGUUGAAUUUUGUUUGGAAAUGAAAGACAAGACACAACAAGACAACCAUAUUCCCCUGUUAAAUUAAAUAUGAAAAGUCACAUAGCCAUUCAAAAAAAAUUUACAUCAAGCUCCAAAGUUGAUCAGAUGUUGAGUUUUGUUGGAAAUCAAAGAUAUAUAUCUGUCAAACAUUAGGUUGGCAUAAAACUAUAGGACUGAGUGCUGGGUUAAUUAAACCCUUUAAUGCUUAAACCUAUCCCUGUAGCAUUGAUAACUUAGCUAAUUACUUUUAGCUAAGCUAACGCUACUAAACUCUUACCUCAGACUGGGUGAUUCUGUGCAUUUUGGGCAGUUUCACCACGUCGAAGCUUCAGAGUAUAUAUACGCUCUUUAUCAUAAAAUCUGAUGUAAACGGCGCCCUCUUUGACCGGUGUUCUAUUAAGUUGAGCUGCCUUGUCAAACUAUGCUUCCUUAGUUUUUAUUUAAGGUCUCUGUAAAACACAGAAUCAACCGGAGAUCCGAUUUAAACCUACAGAUAUUUACACUAGAUAGCUAACACUAACAACUCACAGAGCUCAUAGCUCCUCCUUAGCUAUACCUCCUAAUACUGUAGCCCAGGUUUAGCUCCGCCUGUGGGCGCCCUGAGCCGAGGUGGGCGGGGCCAUGAAGUCACUCUUUCUGAUCAAUUCAUAUUUCUGAGGUAGAGUUUUAUAUUUAGCAUCCAUAUAUAACUCAGAGAGACCUCCUGUAUUUCACAAAGAACAAGAAGAUGAAAUAGAUUUUAUCGGAAAGAAACCUUUAAAGUUUUAUAUUUUUCAGUUUGUUCUGUUGGAUUAACCGGGCCAAGUGUUUUAUUUUUCACCUGCUUUAAUGUUUUUACCAAAUAAGAAAUCUACUGCUACUGAUUUUUUAAACUAAUUCACUGGAUUUAUUGGAUGUUUAUUGCUAAUUUGACACACAGUUGGAUAAUAAAAAUAAUAAGGGCUACAUUUGCUCUUUCUACCCUGGCAUCCUGAGAGACUGAGAGCGGUAUAUGAUUUAUGAGAUGUUUGGACCUUCAUAUUCUAUAUAUUUUUCCUUUCUUCAGCAUCACUGAUUCCAGCAUUUGAUCAGAGUGAAGAUGAGGAGCAGAGCUUUGAAGCAGACUGGCUUUUUUUGAUUGAUGGCACUGAGUUUUCUUUUAUGUUUCCAGUUGUUUUGCUUUGAAGUUUGCAGUGAUGUGGGUAUUCUCUGUAGUGGACACACACACACGGUCCUAACGGUCCUAACGGUGAUGGUCUGAACUCCGCAAUCACCACGUAGUUGUGUGAGCUGUGUGUCCUGGAUACUUCCUGCUGAGUAUUUUAAGUAUCUGCUAUUCCAUACACACAUACAUAAACACGUACAUAUAUAUAUUUAUAUAUUUUUGUGUUGGGUGAGCAAACGCAAGACAAUUAAUUUAUUAUUAUUAUUAUUAUUAUUAUUAUUGUGUUCAGUUUUUUCUGCAUUAGUAUUUUAUUGCUGAAUUUUACUUUUUAUUUUCAGCUUUUAGGCACUCUGUUUUCAUGUUCUAAGCUAAAGUGAUGCAAAACAUGUCGUCAUAUUUUAACCUGUACAACUAUGAACAGUGUUGAUAAUAAAAUUGGUGAAAAUUA